CACUACAAACACUUCUUCCUCUGAUCAUCACAUUAUUCUCUCUUUUUCUUCUCAUAUCUCACUCUUCUUCCUUCACGUACCUUCACUUUUCUGUCGACAAAAACCAGUACCCCUUCCAAUAACAUGGGUCAUGAAUGGAUCGGUGCAGAGAAGGAGUUCAAAUGGAGCGAGGAUGUCAAAGUUGAGAGUGAAGUGACUGAAAUUGUUCUUGUUCGCCAUGGAGAAACCACUUGGAAUGCUGCCGGAAGAAUCCAGGGACAAAUUGAAUCAGAUCUUAACGAGGUUGGACAAAAGCAGGCUGUUGCAAUCGCUGAGAGAUUGGGAAAAGAGGAAAGACCCGUAGCUGUGUAUUCAUCAGACCUCAAACGAGCCAAAGACACUGCUCUUAUGAUCGCCAAAACUUGUUUUUGUCCCGAGGUGAUUGAAGUACCUGACUUAAAGGAGAGGCACGUGGGUAGUCUUCAAGGGCUGUAUUGGAAAGAAGGAGCAGAGAAAGAACCUGAAGCUUACUCUGCCUUUUUCUCUUCCCAAAAUGACCUCGAGAUUCCGGGAGGAGGAGAGAGCUUUGACCAACUUUGUGAUAGAUCCAUGAAUGCUCUUGAGCAAAUUGCAAAGAAGCACAAAGGGGAGAGAGUGAUAGUGGUGACUCAUGGAGGAGUGUUGAGGGCAAUUUACUUGAGGAUCACACAAGCUUCCUCUGCAGGAAAACUCCUAAAUGCUUCAGUGAAUGUUGUUCACCGCCGUGACGAGAAAUGGAUAAUCGAUUCGUGGAGCGAUGUUUCACAUCUCUCUUCCGUUGGAUUUCUCCAACGUGGCUUUGAUGGAGACGCCAAAGCCUAGGGAACCUCCUCAUUCAUAUCUUAUGUCGAUCUAUCAAAGGCUCUAUAAAUAUUCUAUCCAUUUAAAGUGAUGUUUCUGUGUGUUUUUCUUAAAAUGUGUCAUCGAUGUUCUUGUGGAUCAGUACGUAUAUUCUUGUAUUUUGUACUACUCUAUUAAUAAAAUAUCUUCGUAUCU